AUGAUGCGAUUCGUUAUCUUCUCUCUGCUCAUCUCGAGCACUUUGGCUUGUCUUGGAGGCGGUGGCGGAUGCGGUGGCGGAUGCGGAGGCCCACCACCAUCACCAUGCGGAGGAGGCUGCGGAGCUCCACCACCAUCACCAUGUGGAGGUGGAUGCGGAGGAGGAGGAGGUUUCCCAUCGGGAGGUGGUGGAUAUGCCGCUCCACCAAUUGCUGGCCCAGCUCCUGGUGGAUACGCUCUUGCUGGU